AAAGCACUGAAAAGGCCACGACACUGUUGGUUAUUUAAAACUCAAAUUUUCGACGCAAUAUGAAGAGCUAGCUGUACCAUAUCCUUUUAAUAAAGUUUUGUUUUUUGAAUUUUGUGACUUUAGAUUCCGGACUGGCUUAAAUUAUUUCGGACUGGCUUAUGUUGCCUUCUUGUCAGUCCGAAUGACUGGCUAUCUAAAAAUAUUUUCCACAACUCUGCUAGAAUUGUAAGAAAUUUUCAAAAACAGUAAGCACUAAAUUGAUUUUGCCCAUUGAGAUUGGCUGAAUGGUAGUGUGCUGGCAAAAUCCUGCCUGAUCACUAGAUGGCUCUCAAGCAAGCUUGACGCCUUAAAAACCAGAUCAAAUUAGUUUACUACAACAUAUAUUCAUUGUCUAGGAUGAAAGCAACGUCAAUUUCAACAGAAAUUUAAGAGAAAAUAUUCAAUCAAUGAAUGUAAAUAAUUAUAAUUGUGAAAGCUAGUAAACGGAGAUAUAAACUUACUAUUGUGAAAUUAUUAUUGACUGACAGUGGAUCAGACCAGUACAUCUAGGGGACUGAACUAGUGUUCCAAGGAAUAUGUAGUGCCAUCAUUAAUCACAAAUUACUUUCUUAUUAAUAAAAAUGAUCCUCCUUCUGGCAAUGUACAUGUAAAAUAACAAAAGUCUGAUUAUUCUUUUCACAGUUGCAAAGUUUAAGGAUAUGUGACAGACAAAUGAACAGAUGAUGGUCAAAGUCAUGCCUAUGUGUCAUUAUAUGUUACAGACGACACAAAAAUGUGUACACUUAACAGAAUAAGAUGAGAUAGACAUACAAAGAUCUGAGGGAGCCAACGAGACAGGAAUCAGUGGCCAAGCAGAUACUGCCAAGGAAAUGUGCUGGAAAUGAGAGAUUGAGCCAGAUCAAGCAACAAGGGACCAACUGGAAUGGCUAGAACAUCCCAAAACAGAGUAUGAUGGCAAAGGGUCAUUGAAGGUCUAUGCUCCAUCAGGCAUUGGUAAGUAAAACAAAAUUUGUUCAGAAUCAAUCUACCUGAGCCAAAUUGGCAAAGUGAGCAAAUAUUUUUAACAAUUGGAAUAUUAACAAUUUGGAGCCCCAGUGUUUUUACCAUGUACAUAUAUCUGAUUAUCAUUCAGAUUUUUGGUAACUUUUUUGUAGCUGGGAAAGAGGAAAUACACAAAAUAGAUUAAAACUAUUAUUUAAAAAUCUAAACCUUAAUGUGUACCUGAUUAACCAAUUUAUCCUUUAAACUAUGUUACUUGAUAAUCCAUAAUGAAAACAACAGAAGGCUAAAAAGAACUUUAUAAUGGCACAUAAUUCAUUUCAUUUCAUUUAAUUGAUUGAAUUAAACCCCCCAGCCAUAAACUGACUCACAGCAAUCCUCUUUAUCAAGCAUUUAUGACCUCCAGUUGUUUACAUAAACCCUUCUCAUUAAGAUUUGACUUUACAUGGAGAUCUAAACUCUAUACAUUCAUUGCCGAACCAGGAUAAUAUUGUCUACUGUCCCUGGAUUCUGUACAUUUCUCAAACCUCAUUCACCUGGUAGAAAUAGUAAACAAGGUUUGAAAAUACAAAUCAUGAAAAUAUUAGCAAUUCAUAUUGUGAUCUCUACUGCAAAUGAUCAUGACGCUAUAGCAUUGUGCUAAUCUGUCAAGUUCCCCCAUAAAAGAAUUCUUAUCCUACAGCAAACACUUACAUUAAGAAAUGAUAAUUUUUCGUUCAGUGACUGGACUCGCCACAAUGCGACCAUCAAGUACCUGAUAGUUAAUCUGACAAUAUGCACUCCCUGCUAAUUAAACCUGAUAAAUUUUAUUACCCCUCAAUCACAGCUAUAUAUUCAAUGUGGGGAAAUAUUGCCAAUCAAUUCAUUUCAUUUUAGUCAUCAUGUCUGCACUGAGAGACUAUUUGGCAUCUCAUGAUGUGUCUUUCUCAAUCGGAAAUCUUUCGAGUAACUCCACAAACUUUAUUCCAAUCAUCAUGGACCCUUUGGUUCUGGACAAAAUACUUUUCCGCAUCGAGCUUUGGCAGGUUUCCCAUGGAUAUAUACUAUUUCCACUCUGUUUGUUUGGAAUCAUUGGAAACAUUUUGUCCUUUACAAUCCUGACCAGAAAAGCUGUGAGGUCUACAACCAUUGCUUUGUACCUACGCUGCCUGGCAGUUGCAGACAUCUUUGUACUCCUAACAGCCAUUUUUCGCUACAGAAGUUAUAAAUUGUUUUUCGAUGAUGAGGGUGAAAAGUGGUCCAUUUAUCAUUUUGAUCCUUACAUACAAGUCUAUGUGGAGCCUAUUCAUUGGAUGGCCUUGGGAGUUUCAAGCUUCACCACACUGGCCUUGUCUAUGGAGAGAUACCUAGCAGUUAGAUUUCCCAUCCGAAUCAAGCAAGCCUGCACUUUACGUGUUGUAAGAGCAGUCAUCAUAGGCAUAAUAACCAUGGUCUUCAUCAUAAGUAUACCAAACUACUUUGCAUACACAGUUGGCAAGUUCUUGAGAGACAACAAAUCCUAUGUCGCUGUGGCCAUGUUAACCACCAUGGGCAAGAAGACUUUGUACCACUGUGUGUACCAUAGCUAUCUUAUUCCCAUCCUAUGGUACAUCUUGCCAUGGCUCAUGCUGGCUGUUUUUAGCAUGCUACUUUCCAAAAAUGUUCGCAAAUCCAGUCAAAUUCGGGUCGACGUUCCAACAAUGUACAACCCCAACAGAAAUCUGAACCUCCUCAUCAUCAUGAUUGUGGUUCUAUUUCUCAUCUGUAAUUUUCCUAAUUGUAUCAUAGUCUUCUAUAACCUGGUGCAUCAUACCAUGGACAACGACAUUUGCACACAUGAAACCCAGGGGCUACUUUCAAAGACAACAAAGCUUUAUGACACACUAGAAGUCAUUGGGGAAAUACUAAACGUUUUCAACAGCUGCAUUAACUUUAUCAUUUACUGUGUGGUAGGUACAAAGUUUCGUAAGGAAUUGAAGAGAUUUAUUCUUUGUGAAAAAUGUAAGCAGAAACGAACCAAUCGUGUUGUACCCAGUUUGUCUAACAACCAUCAACUAAGAGACACAACCACUGAGAUCUCUAAUGGAAGGUAGUUACAAAUCCACAAUGGACAACACAGACUAGUUACAAAAUAAUCUAAUCAACCUAAUGUUUGCUUUACAUUAUAAAACAUGAGAUAUCAAAAUCAUUCUUUAAAUCUCUCUUUCUCAUGUAUUACAUAUUAUGAUGUAAAUUGUAUACAGUUUAACUUUUGUAUCUCGAACACUGAUAUCUUGAAUACCAUGGAUAUGUCGAAGUGCUUCAUAAGUCCUAACCACUUCUUCUUUAAGUAUUUUACCUUCGAUAUCUUGAAUCCUUGGAUAUCUUUUCGAGUGCGAGAUAACAAGGUUAGACUGUAGAUAAAUGUAUCACAGGUAUAUUUCUUUAAAUCACUUUCAUUUGGGAGGUCUUUAUUUGCACGCAAAUUUGUUGUAUUAUGAAAAUAACAUUUACAUGAAUAUUUUUAAAUAAUUACAUAAAUAGCAUCGAAUAAAGAGGACAUUAAUGAAAAUCAUUUCUAAAUUCUCACUGAUAUAUAUAUUACAAAGUACACUUCAAGAAACAAAGUUUCUAGAGAUGCGAGUGAUUUAUUGUAUCAGAUACCUGUACGAGUUCUCAAUCAAAAAAUUGUUUGUUUGGCAUUGAUCACCCACCUGAAACUGCUGGGUUAGUAGGAAAAUUAUCUUUUUUGGUGAAGAUGAAGGGACAAUACAAAAAAAUUCACCCAAAACAAAUCUCUGGGGGUAAAAGUAAUAAUAAAUGAGUUGUUUUGUUUGCAAACUUUUUUGUAGCAAAUUUAUAAUUCUGAAAACAGAAAAGUUCAAACAUUACCAAAGAAAAAGGACUUUCACUAUCACAUGUAAUAAUAUCAUAUAAAUCUUUUAAAAUGCGGAGAGUUUUAGUGGAAAAGGUUUUAAAAGAAACUGUAAAAUAAUCGAGAUUAUUUGAGUUUAUAUCAAAUAGUCCGUAUUAAUUUUGAUACACCCUGUAGGUCGGGUCUACGUGACUUUAGCGGCUAGAUGGUACAAGUUAAUUUGUAUGCACUACGUCACACUCGGUACUCCCUGUGAUCGAACCCAUUCAUUACAUUUUUUCCAACCGAAGCAGCAACGUGGUUCUUGUAUUAGAGGCGGAAACCAAGCACGUGGCCGAAGUUUUUUCUCCCCUUUUUGGAUUUAUUCCCUACACAUAGCUUUUGGACAAUUUUUUCCUGCAUUAGGAAUGCCACCUAAAAAACGAGCAGCGACCCAGAGAUCCCCGGCCAGGGGGGCCGGGAUGAAACGUAAUCGUCGGACAACACCUCAACUCCGGGAACGAAGUCCAAAUCACACGGCCACACCUUGGACGGAUCGACUAGCCCCUGCAGAGAGGCAGCCACAGCCCCCUGAGGAGGUACCUCGAUUCCCAAUCUAUAAUACAUGUACACCGGAUAACCCGGGUGAGUCUUGCAAUUUUUUGUUGAACCAAGCGACAUAUUUACCCUUGGCUUUACCUUGUCAAAUUACAUCUGCAUGCGAUGAUAUCGGCAGUCAUGUCUCGCUUAAACUCAAGCAAAAAAUAUGGGAGGGGGGAUUUAUUGAUCUGUCUGUCCUACUCAAAUCUGCUACGGAAUGGAGCAAUUUGAGUCCCACGGGGAUUUACAACUUGUCAAUGGCAAGCUAUGCGUAGUCAAGCGUCAACUUAACUCCUUUUUGAGCAUAGAAAAGUGGACAUCAGCCUUCAUGAUAUACAUGAGCAUUGUACUUCAACAUAGUCAAACGGCCCAAGAAAUGCUUAAGUACAUGCGAGAUAUAGGGUUUGCAGCUAAUCGUUCACAAAAUUGGCAAAAGUAUGACGACCAAUUCCGACUCCGUAAGGCCUCCAACCCUGCUAUGUCUUGGGGCAAAAUUCACAGCGAAUUCUGGUUGAUGUACAUAAACAACCAAUCAAAUUUCUCUCAUCCCUAGAAGGUGUCAAGCGGUUUAUAGGUGUCUCAAUAUAUCAAGACUUCCUAUAUCUUACCAAUUAUUUGUUAAAGUCUUUCGUGCUUUAACAUCAGUAUGUCGCUCGCCUUUAAUUUUUCUUUUUUUUUUUUUAAUCAUGUCUUAAUUUUUUCAGCAGCCUUUUCAUUGGCAUUUUUACGGUUUGCGCAGUCAGUAAGUUUUGUCAUCGUCGAUUCCACAAGUUUCUCAAAACCAGCUAGGUCAAGCGUUGGUAUUUUCACAUAGGUCCAAGACCAACCAAACCGGCAAACCCCUAGUUUGUCAAAUUAUCUGCCCAACACUACUUAUUAAGGCAUAUUUAUAGCCCCCCUCCCAUUACUUAUAUAUUGCUCUUUUCAUGCGGAUGGCACUCCUACGACACGUUUUCAGUACCGAGAAGAUACUGGCAUGUUGCCCAUAGUUGCAUGAUAAAAAUUCAUGGCUAACCAGGUUAGAGGUUUGUACAUUGGACACAACCAUGUCAUCAAGGCUACUGAGAUUGAGUUGUUCCGAACAGAUGGCACUCGUCUGUAUGUCGGUCCCGGGAAAUCAAUUAUUUCUCAACAAUAUCA